UCUCUCCCGUACGCGGCAGAAGGCAGCGCCCCGCCAUAGCCGGCCGGCGAGCUCCACACCCCCACCACCUCCGCGCUCUCCCUUGCGGCGGCACAGGACGGGCUCCUCCUCUCGUCUGCCCGCCCGCUCUUCUCGUCGGCGGCGUUAGCUCCCGUCUCGUCUCCUCCCGCCUGCGCCGAUCUCCCGCGAGCAGGGGCCGGGCGCUGUCGUCCUGCGUCCUCACCGAUUUUGUCCCUGCUGGAUUUCUGAAAUUGAACUGGAGGACUGGAGAUAUCAAGACAUCAACAACAAACUAUAAAGCUUCCCCUCCAGUUAAUCUGUUCCUGGGAUCUCCUUGUCAUACGCGAACGAAGCACUUGAUAAUAUGCAGUAAAUAGCUUUGGAGUCUUGACUAAACCACUAUGGCUGAUACUCCAACUUCCCGAAUGAUUCAUCCCUUUAGCAAUAUAUCAAGCCAGAACCUGAAGCAGUUCCAGUAUUCUGAUAAUUCACAGCAUCCUUGUCAUCCUUAUAGGGGACCUUCAGACACCCACGUUGUACCACAGCAUCAUUAUAGCCUAAAGUCACAUUCACCGGAUGCUGGUUGUGAAAGCCAGGCUGCUCCUAACAAGUACACACUGGACUCCUCUGAAGGUGCUCGUUGUAUGAGAAAUGAUUCUCCCUCCAGUCAAAGUUUCACCACCAGAAGCGGUAGCCCUCUAUCUCAGGAAGACAGUCACUCUGACUCGACAGAUGGAUCUCCUGUAGGCGCUUCCUGUGUCACUGACGAUCCUACUGAUCUGAAGCAAAAACUGAAGGAUCUCGAGGCUGUUAUGCUUGGGCCAGACUCCCAUAUAGUCAACAGCCUUGAGAAUUCUGUGGCAAACCAACUGUCCUUGGAGCCGGAGAAGUGGGUGCAUAUGAUGGGCAUUCCCAGAGGCAACUUGAAAGAGCUACUGAUUGCUUGUGCUAGAGCUGUGGAAGAGAAGAAUAGCUUUGCAAUUGAUCUGAUGAUUACUGAGCUGAGGAAAAUGGUUUCAGUAUCCGGUGAACCGCUUGAGAGGUUGGGAGCCUACAUGGUAGAAGGCCUUGUUGCCAGGCUUGCCUCCUCUGGCAGCUCGAUCUAUAAAGCUUUGAAGUGCAAGGAACCAAAGAGCUCUGACCUCCUGUCCUACAUGCACUUCCUGUAUGAGGCCUGCCCCUACUUCAAGUUUGGUUAUAUGUCAGCAAAUGGCGCCAUUGCAGAGGCUGUCAAGGGAGAAGACAGGAUUCAUAUCAUCGACUUCCAUAUCUCUCAGGGUGCUCAGUGGAUUUCUCUCCUCCAAGCCCUUGCAGCGAGGCCUGGUGGACCACCAACAGUGAGGAUCACAGGCAUCGAUGACUCGGUUUCAGCUUACGCACGAGGCGGCGGGCUAGAGCUGGUCGGGAGGAGGCUGUCACACAUCGCCGGCCUGUGCAAGGUGCCAUUUGAGUUCCACCCACUCGCCAUCUCCGGCAGCCAGGUCGAGGAGGCGCAUCUCGGGGUCCUCCCGGGGGAAGCCGUCGCCGUGAACUUCACCCUGGAGCUGCACCACGUCCCCGACGAGUCGGUGAGCACGGCGAACCACCGCGACCGCCUCCUGAGGAUGGUGAAGGGCCUGUCGCCGAGGGUGCUCACCCUGGUGGAGAUGGAGUCCAACACGAACACGGCCCCGUUCACGCAGAGGUUCGCGGAGACGCUCGACUACUACACCGCCAUCUUCGAGUCCAUCGACCUGACGCUGCCGAGGGACGACAGGGAGAGGAUCAACAUGGAGCAGCACUGCCUCGCGAGGGAGAUCGUCAACCUCGUCGCCUGCGAGGGGGAGGAGCGGGCGGAGCGGUACGAGCCCUUCGGCAAGUGGAAGGCGCGGCUCACCAUGGCCGGCCUCAGGCCGUCCCCGCUCAGCUCGCUGGUGAACGCCACCAUCAGGACGCUGCUGCAGAGCUACUCCGACGACUACAAGCUCGCCGAGAGGGACGGGGCGCUCUACCUCGGGUGGAAGAACAGGCCACUGGUGGUCUCGUCGGCAUGGCACUAGGAAGAGGUAGGAAAAGCUGUGAUGACUUUUGAGGUGUGAUCUGACGACAAAACUUCCCUUGUAAUACUCUAGGAAGCUAUAGUGAUUACGUGCUGGCAAGGACGUAAGGUCAGGGUAGCUUAUAACAUGGUGUUGUAAUGGCAACCGUAGCGUUUAGGGUCAGGCAUGAAAGUGCUGAUGAGGUGUAGUAUAAUGUUUGGGAGUAUAUUUUUCAGUUUUUUUUUGAUGUUUUGUUGUAAUGUUGUCACACUAAUCUUAUCAGGAUUAUCUACUGUAAGCUAAAGAUCCAUUGGAAUGGUGGCGAAUAGGGCAAUAGGGCUUAAGAUUAUCUACUGUAAGCUAACGAUCCAUUGGAAUGGUGGCGAGUAGGGCUUAAAAU